GACAAACAAUAUCGUUUGACCAAUCGCUAUUGACACAACCCUCUGCCCUAAAGGCUCCUGAACGCAACCAUUACCCGCACAUCCACCAAAAGACGCGGAUAAUCGUUUGUGGAGUCGCACCCCGGAAAUUUCGGUCUCAAGCUUGUCGCACAGUUGACCUUCGAAGCAAUCACUACCCUGGUUUCUGGUAGGAGAUCCAGGAAAAAUACCGGCGUCAUGCAGUAUAUAAAGCACCCGUCCCCUCUACUCAGUUGUUCCCUCAGCGUCUAAUCAAUGAUAAAAUCGAGAAACAUGUCGAAUACACCUCCAAUACAAGGUCCCGUAGCGGACUAUAUCAAUGGAAUUAACAAUGGUAACCUUGAUCUCGUCCUUGGCUCCUUCCUCCCAGAGGCCGAGAUCAUCGACGACGGAAAGAAAUAUACGGGGGAAGCAAUCAAGAGUUUCAUCAAGGACGGGGUACUAGGCCACAAUAGUAAGAUGGAGGUUCUUUCCUCCACCUCGGACAACAGUGAUACGACACACGUCCAUGUGCUGAUGGAUGGCGACUUCGCGAGUUAUGGAAUCCACGAACCUUUCGAUUUAUUCCUGACUUUCACCCUUGUGUCCAACAAGAUCCAGCAUCUGGUCCAAGGUGAUGUGGACGGGGCAAAGCCAACGAUGCGCACUGUAUAUGCGGCAUCAGGGAAUCUUGACGACCCGUUGUCCUCGCUACGGAUCGGGAGACGCAACCUCCCAGACCCACCUCAGGGAUUUGUGCGAGUCAAGAUGGAGGCAGUUGGACUCAACUUUCAUGAUGUAUUCACCCUUCGUGGGAUAAGCAUGCACCAGAUCCGAUUUCCAAUGAUCCUUGGCAACGAAGGUGCUGGGGUGCUUGAUGAUGGGACUAAGGUGGCCUUGUAUCCUAACAUGGGCGACGUCGACUAUAAAGGGGACGAGACACUAGAUCCGACAAGGCAUGUUCUCGGUGAGAAGGUCCAGGGAACUCUUGCAGAAUACGUAUGUGUACCUCGACGCAAUGCUGUGCCCAGACCUCAAGGGCUCGAUGCAAGGAGUGCAAGUGUGAUGGGCAUUGCUUGGUUGACUGCAUACCGGAUGCUAUUCAGCCGGGCCAACUUGAGACCAGGCCACACCAUCCUUGUACAAGGUUCAUCCGGCGGUAUCGCAACUGCUUUGGUCCAGCUCGGCACUGCUGCUGGGUAUCGGGUAUGGACAACGGGGCGGACGGCGGAGAAACGCGCUCUGGCGACCAAAUUAGGGGCUGAGAGAACGUUCAGAUCACUGGAAACCCUGCCAGAACAAGUGGAUGCGGUGUUUGACCUUUCAGGGUCUGCGACGAUCGCUCAUUCGAUUCGAUCGGUCAAGACCGGGGGGGCGGUGGUAAUAUGUGGCGUACAUUCAGACAACGGAACGACAGUGGUGCCCAUUGAUUUGUUACCAGUAAUGGUCAACUCCCUCAGUAUCACUGGAGUGUACACAGGGACACGAGAAGAAUUUGUGGACCUAUUGAGCUUUGUCGCUGCCAAAGAGAUCAAGCCAUAUAUUGGGCAAGUCUUACCACUGGAGAGGGCAGAGGAGGGGCUCAGAGACAUUUGGGAAGGUAGAACCUCAGGAAAGAUCGUCAUAGAGUUGUGAUUGUUUGUAUCGACUUGUUAGCAUUGAUACAUUUGUAAUAUAUGCUGGUACUUUGAC